GAACGGAAAUACACGAAGAGAAGACACCAAAAUCCUCCGGAAACGCUUUCACAUCCUCCCAUUCUGAAUUCAAUCUUCUCCGUCUAUCAGACUCGUAGGUCAAUUCUGGCUUCUCUGAUAUCUUCUCAGCGUCUGACUUCUCCUUAGGGUUUCCGAACAUUUGGGGAUCAAUCGCCUCCGUCAAAUUCCGAUGCCGCCGUUCUGGUCGAGCACGGCCUCGAAGGCGGUGGGGUCCUUACUCUCUCGUGGACAUGGAGCCAAGCAUCAUCAUCAUCUGUACACUUCCGCGAGAAACUUCAAUCGGAUUCGCCGCCUGAGUAGCAUUGCCGGCAUAGAGACCCCGUCGGUUCGGAAAUGGACCGGCGAUGGUGUCAGCAACACGUCACGAGUUUUGACGAAUCCUUUUCAUGAGCAAAGGCGGCGGUUUUUGGGCUGCGGCGACGGUGAGGAAGGCGGCGUGUUAUCCAAGGUUUACGAGGAGAAGCGCGUCUUGGGGUAUUCUCCUGAGCAGUUGUUUGAUGUGGUUGCUGCUGUAGACUUGUAUCAUGGUUUUGUCCCCUGGUGUCAGCGGUCGGAGAUAGUUCAUACCUAUGCAGAUGGCUCAUUUGAUGCUGAGCUGGAGAUUGGUUUCAAGUUUCUUGUUGAAAGUUAUGUGUCCCAUGUUGAGUUAGAAAGACCAAAGCGUAUAAAGACAACUGUGUCAAACAGUACCCUUUUUGAUCAUCUAAUAAACAUCUGGGAGUUCAAUCCUGGACCAGUUCCAGGAGCUUGCAACCUUUAUUUCUUGGUGGAUUUUAAGUUUCAGUCACCACUUUAUAGACAGGUGGCCUCUGUGUUCUUCAAAGAGGUGGUCUCUAAGCUUGUUGGUUCAUUCAAUGACCGCUGCCGGUUGAUAUAUGGACCAGGAGUUCAAGUUCAUGAAAACUCAUAUGGACAAAGGGUAUGAGAGUCUACAAUUUUUCCCUUUGAGCAGACAAGAUUAAAUGAGUUCUGUGGAGUGUAGUCAGACAACACUACAACACUUGGAAUCAUAUUUACAGUUCACCUUGCCUCUCAGUAGUUUUGUUACCAUAUGCUGCCGAGAGAGUUACCCUCAUCUACUGUGGAUCAUUAUCCCAUACAGAUGCAGGGUUCCUGCUCGUAUGUUCCCGUUCACUUUAUAGAUCAAUUGAUCAACAUGAACUCAAUUGGAUGACAGUUUUAACAUCACAUUACUAUCUAUCAUUAGUAAAAUUCUUGUUGUAGCGGUGAAAUCCGGGCAAACUCCUUAUACUUUUCCUGUAUGAUAAAUAUUAACUUCAGCUGAUAAGGCGUAUCAGGAGAUAUGCUCUUUGAAUAACAUGUACCGAGUCACAUGACUCGCAUCAUGGCAUCACAAGACUCAGUAUGCUAUUAUUAGAUUAAUCUCAUCUACAUUCUUCUUUUGCUGUUAGC